CAUGUCGUUCUGUUUUUCGUCUGGUCGCGUUACGACACUUCUACGUGAACAUCUAUUUUAAACUGAAUUCAGCCUAGUUGGAGUUGAACAAGAUGACGACUGCAAUUCAGAGGUGUUCCAAGGCUUUGUUUCAAUCAGUAGUUCUGAAAAAACACCUUUCAGUUUCACGUUAUUCUACUGUAUUACCCAAAGAGCAGUUUGAACAGAUGGUAAAGAAAAACAAAGUAGUUGUCUUCAUGAAAGGAGUACCUGAGCAACCAAUGUGUGGCUUCAGCAAUGCAGUUGUUCAAAUUUUUAGAAUGCAUGGAGUUACAAAUUACGAUGCUCACAACGUGCUGGAGGAUGAGAGCAUGAGACAAGGUAUCAAGGAAUUCACCAACUGGCCAACCAUACCCCAAAUUUUUAUUGGUGGAGAAUUUGUUGGUGGCUGUGAUAUUUUAUUGCAAAUGCAUAAAAAUGGGGAGUUGAUAGAAGAACUACAAAAAGUUGGAAUCCAGUCUGCCCUUAUUGAACAAGAAGAUAAGAAAGAAUGAAAUUAAAAUUUUUAAAUUGCUCUUCUGUAUCCUGUAUGUGUCAGUCAAUUGAAUACUAGUUUGUUAUUCCCAA